AUGACCAGCCUCACCGUUGCAGAGGCCUCUGGCUUGAUCGCCGCGGGCGUGUUCAUCCUGCAAUUACUCCUCCCGCUGUCUCUACCACUUAUUCUUAUCGCUUUCCUAACUGACGAGAACUCGAUCAUCAGUUGGAACGUGCUCGCCCGCUUUCUCCACUCUACCCUAUGGCCCAGCAUUCUCGGCUCCAGCACGGCCGCCGUAUCUGGCGUGCAAAAGAGGCUGACUAUCUCCGGGCAUGCGCAGACGAUCAUCCUGGGAGUGGUAUCCAUCGCCUCGAUCGUGACUCCACUGGGCCUAUAUGAUUCCAUUGAGCCGGCGGGCUCACCAACGCCUGUGCCAUUCGCCUACAUCAAAGGAACGUCCGCGUUCAGUUACGGCACGCCGGAUCGCAGUGAUGCCCCCUUCACACGUAACUGCGGUCUCCAGCAGGCUUGUCCGGGGACGAGCCUCAACAAGACGUGUCACCAGCAAGGCCUGCUGGAGAAUUGUACCGUCGUCUACGAUAGUCUUAUCCCGGAGCAACUGGCAGAUGUAUUUCGCGACGGGGCUAGUGCGUUCGGUCCUUCGGUCUCGAGUGUUUUCGACAUGCAGUACCGGACCUUUUUCAAUGGCACGGACCAGUACAGCGUGCUGGGAUGGUAUGCGAAGCCGUCGUAUCGCUCGCUGCAGGUUUUGAUCCUAGACGAGAAGGUCGAGGCUGUGGAGGGGUUGAUUGUUGAUAUGGUGGACGGGGGGAUAGGUUUUAGGAAUCAUACGGCGCCGGCCAAGGCACUCAAGUACGGCUCGACCUGGGAUGAGGAUAUCCUGUUCAUCCAGCCGGAGACGCAGUGCGUGCCGUUGAACUUUUCGAUCGAGUUCCAGCUGCCGCCGGUUCUGGAGAUGAGUGUUGAUGUUGUUAAUCUGGUGCUGAAGGAUCACGGGGGGCUGUCGAAUCUGGCGCAGCCUCGUCCGUCGAUCAGUGUUCCUGUCAACGGGCAGGAGUUUGAUUUACGGCAGAGAGCGUGGACUGCGGCUUGGUAUAAUAACUUUCUUACCCUGGCGUACUUCAACGCGACCGAUCCGGAUCCUACGAAUAUCACGCGUCUGGAUAUCACGCCAGGACAGACCUUCAAGCUGCAGAAUGCGAACUUCACCCUUGGAUAUCGCAACAUCAAGACGACAAUCAGUCUGGGAGAGUACCUCAAUCUUCGCUUGAGUAACGCAACCGUCAAUCCCCACAACAUCACCCAGAAAGACUUCGACUUGGCAACAACCAUCUGCGGCGGGACCACCUCCUCCAGCCCAUCCACCAUCACCAGCGCCCUCAUCGGCUGCGGCCUCGUCUACGGCGCGGCCAACCGCACCGACGGCGUCUCUCCCCUCCGAACAGACCCGAACUCCCCCUGGAGUAUCCCGCUCUACAUCUGCGCCAGCGCCGUAAGGGCCAGCCUCAAAACCGUCUCCUUCCGCUACAACGGCACCGGCCUCGACGCACUGUCCAUCACCUCACUGUCUCAAAAGACUUACCCCUCUCCACCCCUCUGGGCAGUCGAAGACCUCCCAGACCGAACCCUCGAAGAAGUCCAACCGCUUUGGGGCAUCCUCCCCGCGAACACAACCUCACCCACCACCAACCCGGCCAUCAACCUCUCCACCAUCGCCAGCACAUCCCUCUACCUACCCGGCUACAUCGACCCCACCACCACCCCUUCACGGGGCUCGCCCCAGUCCCCGUCUCCACAGGCCAAAACCUCCCAGUCGCUCUACCGCGCACUAAGCAUCAACCGACCCGCCGGCCAGCCCUUCGCAGAUUACGCCGGCUGGACGAGUCUCGCUCUCUAUGCGAAAUGGCAGACUCUCUCGAUAACUGCCGCCGGCGCAGCCAAGAUCCUCGAUCUCGUGUGGACGGAUUUCGCGGCGAAUGCGAUGGUUGGGACGAGGGCUGUUGCGGAGGACAACCAGGUGCGGCCGGUUACAGUGUUUCAGAGGCGGAUACGGUAUAGGCUUCCGUAUGCGGUUCCGGGUAUUGUGAUCCUGGCUGCGACGCUGGGGAUAGUGGCGGGAUUGGUCGUGUUGGGGUGUAUGCGGCGGACUGGGAUUAGGCGGUUGAAGGGGCUUUUGGAGCAGACGGCUGUGGGGAGGGUGUUGGGUUUGGUGCUUGCGGGGCAGGAGGAGGAGAUGGGGAAGGAUUGGGUGAAGAAGGUGGGCGGGAAGAGGGUGAGGAUUACAGAGGGAGAGAUUACAGUGCAGGAAGGGCUACUGAGUGCGGAGACCAAGAGUGAUGGACAUGAAAAUGAUAUUGCAGAAGCAGAAGAUAUUGAGAAUAGCUAG